ACAACAGGAAAAUUAAAGUCAAUGGUACCAAGGAACCUAUUGAGUUUAAGACAAAUCAGUGGUUUGGGGCAACAGUCAAAGCUCAUAAAGAAAAAGUUGUGGCUUGUGCCCCCUUAUAUCAUUGGAGAACCCUUAAAGAUAGCCCUGAGAAGGACCCCGUUGGCACCUGCUAUGUAGCGGGUCAGAACUUCAGUGCCUAUGCUGAAUAUUCACCUUGUCGCAACAGCAAUGCAGAUCCUGAAGGACAAGGCUUUUGUCAAGCAGGUUUCAGCUUAGAUUUUUACAAGAAUGGAGACCUGAUAGUAGGCGGGCCUGGUAGUUUUUAUUGGCAAGGUCAGGUAAUCACUGCAAGUAUUGCGGAUAUCAUUGCAAAUUAUUCCUUCAAGGAUAUUCUGAGGAAACUGGCACGAGAGAAGCAAACAGGAGUGGCGCCACCGUCAUAUGACGACACUUACAUGGGAUACUCAGUGGCUGCUGGGGAAUUUACUGGAGAUUCUGAGCAAGAGCUGGUUGCUGGAGUCCCAAGGGGAGCACAGAACUUUGGCUAUGUCUCAAUUAUUAAUUCCUCAGACUUGACAUUUAUCCAGAACUUCACUGGUGAACAGAUGGCGUCUUAUUUUGGGUACACUGUUGCAGUAUCUGAUGUUAACAAUGAUGGUUUAGAUGAUAUCUUAGUUGGCGCCCCUCUUUUUAUGGAACGAGAAUUUGAGAGCAAGCCUAAAGAAGUUGGGCAAGUUUAUCUGUACCUGCAAGAAAGUGCUUUCCUCUUCCGAGAUGCGCAAAUUCUGACAGGCACUGAAGUGUUCGGUAGAUUUGGCAGUGCAAUCACCCACCUUGGAGAUCUUAAUCAAGAUGGAUAUAAUGACAUUGCUAUUGGUGCACCAUUUGCAGGAGAAGACAGAAGAGGGAAAGUGCUCAUUUACAAUGGAUACAGUAACGGGUUAAAUGCUAACCCUUCCCAGGUUCUCAAUGGAGCCUGGGCCUCACAGUCCAUGCCUUCAGGAUUUGGCUUCACUCUUAGAGGAGACUCAGAUGUAGAUAAGAAUGAUUACCCAGAUUUAAUUGUAGGUGCAUUUGGAGCUGGAAAAGCAGUUGUUUACAGAGCCAGACCUGUUGUGACAGUGAAUGCUCAGCUUAUUCUGAACCCCACCAUUGUGAAUCCGGACAAUAAAACUUGUCAGCUCCCUGGCUCUCAGCUUUUGGUGGCCUGCUUUACUGUAAGAGUCUGCACGGACUUUGAAGGUCAGAGUAUUUCACAUGAAAUAGUGCUGAAAGGUGAAUUGCAGUUGGAUUCAUUGAAACAGAAAGGAGCUGUUAAAAGGACCCUCUUCUUUGAUUACCAUCAGUCACAUCAUCACUUCUCCAUUGUGAUGGAAAGACAGAAACAACCCCAUUGCCAGGACUUUCUUACUUAUCUCAGAGAUGAAACAGAAUUUAGAGAUAAAUUAUCUCCCAUCAAUAUAAACUUGAAUUAUAGUUUGGAUGAAUUCAAUUUUGAAGAUAGCUUGACAGUGAAGCCAAUACUGAACUAUUACCAGAAAAGCUCAGUAACAGAACAGGCUUAUAUUCUGGUUGACUGUGGUGAGGACAACUUGUGCAUUCCUGACUUGCAGCUUUCUGCUAUGCCAGAUAAAGAUCAGCUAAUAAUUGGAGAAGAAAACUAUGUCAUGCUCAUAAUAAAUCCAAGGAAUGAUGGGGAAGGAGCCUAUGAAGCUGAGCUACAUAUAAAGAUUCCACCUGAAGCAGAUUACACUGGGGUUGAACGCAACAACAAGGCACUGCGUGUAUUGAGCUGUGAUUACAAGAUGGAAAAUGAAACUAGAAUGGUGGUUUGUGAUCUUGGGAACCCCAUGGCGGCUGGCGCAAACUUCUCUACAGGCAUUCGAUUUUCUGUUCAGCAUUUUGAAAAUGCAGAUUUCAGCAUCCAUUUUGAGCUGCAAAUAAAAAGUUCUAACAAGAUUAAUCCCAUCAGCAAUUUAGUUAACCUCCAUAUCAACAUCAGUGCUGUGGCUCAAGUACAGAUCAGAGGGGUGUCUCACCCCCCAACGAUUAUUUUGCCACUUCACAACUGGGAAGUCAAAGAUGAACCUACAAAAGAAGAAGAGCUUGGUCCUUUAGUCGAACACAUCUAUGAGCUGCACAAUAUAGGACCAAGUGCCAUCAACAAUACAGUUCUCCAUGUCAGUUGGCCUGUGUCCAGUCGAGAAGAAUUUCUUCUUUAUAUUCUUCAUAUCCAGACACAUGGACCAUUGCACUGUCAAACGAGCUCUCCUAUUAAUACAAUGCAAAUAAAGGUGAGUCAGCCCCUUUUAUUUCCAUUCCUGUCUGCAUUUUGCUUGAUUUUUUUCUGCCUACGCUUUGCAACGGGAUAG